AUGGCAGAUCGGAGCGCUCUACUCAUUUUCGUGGUAUUGUGCCUGCUCAUUGCGUCUAGCUCUGGCCCGCGCUCGCUUACCACGAAUGAGAGAGUGCAGUUGCAUUCUUUCAUUGAAUGGAGGGAAAACGAGCUAGACGUUGUGAAGCAGACCAGCCCGAGUUCGGCUCUGGCCGAUGUCAAUCUCACAAACAUUGCCCCUGCAGCGCCACCGCCAGAAAUACAAGCCCAGGUUGAUGAAAUAUGGCAUUCGGGUGACCACAACAUCUCGGCAUUCUACGGGAACGUUGAUUCAAUUUUGUACGGUACGCUCUAUCAUGCCAGAUCGGUGGCACCCCACAAAAUGCCCGUAAGCACCCUGUUCAGCGGUCUGGUUGAUCCUGCAGAUCCGAAAAAGUUGCAAGAACUCAGUGACUUCCGACUCACUAUUUCACAUAUUCCCGGGGACACAUGGGUAACUGCUUCGUUAGUUUCGGAUUCUCAUUUCACAACAGCGCUGCGCGGUGUCUAUCUCGAGCACGGCCGCUUAUUCCUGACCACAGACUCACUGAAACUCAGUGGAUCUAAUGGCAUACCGUGGCUGCUUCCAAAGACUUCCGAAGAUGAGCUUAAAAAGGCAUAUAACGCAACCCUGUGGCACUCCAAGCAAGCGACAAAGGAGCUGGUGGUCCUGGAACGUAUCGAAGACCUCGAAGCCGCUGCUAAUCGAGCCGGCCUCUGUGAGUUGAUGUUUUUUGGGCAUACCAAGGAGUCACUUCUUUCGCAGUCUGACUUGGACGACAUUGAAGAAGAACUAAGAAACCCUCAGGGCCGUCCGAUUAAGAAGGCCACGCCGCUAAAGAUUGAGGGUAUGUUGUAUUCGCCGGACUGUGGAAUUGCUUUCAAUCUCUCGUCAUCUGGUGAACCUACUGUCACUUUCGCCCAAAGAAGCCGACUUUAUGCUGUUGUUUUACUCUUCAGUUUGAUAGGCGUAGCUGCGUUGCUGGGGCUUCAGAUGAACGCCACUAGAACUCCAUCAAUGGUGACCCGAGUAAGCCUGUGGAGCAUUGCUAUUAGCAGUCUUGUUGAUGGCCAAGUGUGCAUUUGGGCGCUGCUCAUUUCUUUGGGCAGCGACGUGGCUUUCACGUUUAUCGCCGUCUCAUUUGUGGCCUUUGCCUUGACGGGUAUAUUUGAAAUUCGUUACAUUGAGAUGAUCUACAAAGCCCAGUUAACCGAAUGGGCCGCCACUGCCCGAGUUGAUGGAUUACCGGAAACUGAAACCCCCCAAAUGCCCGAAGACCGUGAAGUGGCGAGCCGUGUAUCGUCACGGUUCUAUUUGGUGUCUAUGGUAUUUUUCGCUGUAUCCGUUUUGUCACUUGAAUGGUCUAAUGGGCUGCGCUGGUUUUACGAACGCGUUGUUUUACUAGUUAUUUACUCGAAUUGGAUCCCGCAGAUUAUCCUGAAUGUGCGUAAGGGCUCACAGACGGUGCUGCUGCCGGCUUUUGUUGUGUGCACAGCAUUAUUGAGACUUGUCCCGGUCGAGUACUUUUUACUUUACUCCAAAAACCUUGGCCACCAUCACUACGCACCCAAUUUGGGUUGGUUCCUGAUGGGGUGGCAGUGGAUCCAGGUUCUGUUGCUGAUAUCACAACACUUUUUCGGCCCCCGGUUCUUUUUGCCUGCUCAUAUGGUGCAACCAGUGUAUGAUUACCAUCCCAUUUUGACAACGGACAUAGAGCAUGGACUCAACACCGAGGAGCCCCCGGUGACCGAAGAGGGCCCGGUGCUGGAGCCCGAAGAAAAUGGCGUGGUGAAGCAUGUAUCCUGUGCAAUCUGCAUGAACCACGUUGAUUUGAUCAUUUGCGAGGAAGGGUCGCCUCCCGGUCCCGCGGCGCUAGUGGCUAGACGAAAGUACAUGGUCACGCCCUGCCGACACAUCUACCACACAGAGUGUUUGGAGGAAUGGAUGCAGUCGCAGCUCCAGUGUCCUAUUUGCCGAAAUCCCCUCCCUCCCAUUUAA